GUUGCCAACUUACUCCAACAUAUCCCCGACAGCAGUCCAAACCUCGGCCCUCAUGAUGCCUCAGAGUCGAAAUUUUCACCACCCUAAGGUCAGCGAAGCUGAGCAUAUGACUAUGAUGCACCAGCAGAGACAGCAGCCGAAGCUUCCUGUGUAUGAUCAGCGACCCAGAAUGCCUCAGCAAUCCCAAGCUAUGUCUGGAAUUCAG